AAAGUUUUCGAUCCCAUUGUUCGAAAUACACUCGUGCGCUUUCCCCGGCUUUUGGCAUCGUACGCCGAGUGAAUCGCUCGACCAUUCGAUCUCGAGCUUCGGCCAUGGCCGGCACGGCGCCGGAACGCAGUUAUUGGCGUUGGAGCAAAGCCGACUUCUUCCCCGAACCCUCCUUCAAAGACUGGUCCUCCUACCGCUCCGCCCUCUCCCACACUCUCCCCCGUCUCCGCAACCGUCUCCUCCACCGCUCCACCUACUCCGAUGAACUCCACUCCCUCCGCCUCCGCAGCGAGCACGACAUGCGCCGUUGCCUCACUUGGUGGGACCUUUCCUGGCUCGGCUUCGGCUCCGUCGUCGGAUCCGGCAUCUUCGUCCUCACCGGCCAAGAAGCCCGUCUCCACGCUGGCCCUUCUAUUCCCCUCUCCUACGCUAUCGCUGGCCUUUCCGCCCUCCUCUCCUCCUUCUGCUACGCCGAGUUCGCCGUCCACCUCCCUUCCGCCGGCGGCUCCUUCUCCUACCUCCGCGUUGAGCUCGGCGACUUCGCUGCCUUCAUCGCCGCUGCCAACAUCCUCCUCGAAGCCUUCGUUGGCGCCGCUGGUCUCGCCCGUUCCUGGACUUCCUAUUUCGCCACUCUCCUCAACCGCUCCCCUGAUUCUCUCCGCAUCCACGUCCCCUCUCUCGCCGACGGCUACAACCUCCUCGACCCUCUCGCCGUCGUCGUCCUCAUCUUCUGCUCCACCAUCGCCAUGCUCGGCACCAACGCCACCUCUCGCCUCAACUACCUCACCUCCAUCAUCGGCUUCGCCGUCAUAGCCUUCAUAAUGUCCGCCGGCUUCGCCCAUUCCCACUCUUCCUAUCUCUCCCCCUUCACUCCAUUCGGCCUCUCCGGCGUCUUCCAAGCCGCCGCCGUCGUUUACUGGUCCUACACCGGCUUCGACAUGGUCGCCACCAUGGCUGAAGAAACCAAAACCCCAUCAAAAGACAUCCCUUUGGGUCUCCUCAUCUCCAUGUCCUCAAUCACCAUCCUCUACUGCCUAAUGUCCCUCGCUCUCGUCAUGAUGCAGCGCUACACCGAGCUCGAUGUCAACGCUUCCUACGCCGUAGCAUUCUCCAGCAUCGGUUGGAACUGGGCCAAAUACUUAGUCGCACUCGGCGCGCUCAAAGGCAUGACAACAGGCCUGCUCGUCGGUGCUCUCGGCCAAGCUCGAUACACAACCCAAAUCGCGCGCGCACACAUGAUCCCACCUUACUUCGCGCUCGUGCACCCACGCACCGGCACGCCCAUCUACGCUACUCUUCUCGUCACGUCUCUGAGUUCCAUCAUCGCGCUCUUCUCCAGCCUCGAUGUGCUCUCGAGCGUGUUCUCGAUCAGCACGCUGCUCAUCUUCAUGCUCAUUGCUGUGGCUUUGUUAGUCCGGCGACACUAUGACCGAGACAGCAGCACGCCCAAGUCUAAGCUUUUUAAGCUAGUCUUGUUUCUGGUUGUGAUUGUUGGGUCUUCAAUUGGGUUGGCUGUGUGCUGGGGAGUGGGUGUGAGAGGGUGGAUUGGGUAUGGGAUUGCAGGUGGAUUGUGGUUCUUGGGAACACUUGGGAUGCAAGUGUUUGUGGCUCAGGAGAAGAAAGUGAUGGUUUGGGGAGUGCCUUUUGUUCCAUGGUUACCUUCUGUUUCUAUCGCUGCUAAUGUGUUUCUUAUGGGGUCUUUGGGGUAUCAAGCUUUUGUCAGGUUUGGGGUUUGUACUGCUUUGAUGCUUGUUUACUACGUUUUGUUUGGUGUUCAUGCUACUUAUGAUGUUGCUCAGGAGUUGUUGGAUGAUGAGGGUGGUGAUAAGGUUGUGUGUGAUCAAUUGUAAGCUGAUUAGUAUUUUGAUUUUGUUUGAUUGCUAGAUUGUUUUUUAGUGGAUUUCAAUGUAUGGUUUUUUUUUUAAUGAGAGUUUGGAUGACCAAAA